AUGAAGAAUAACAAUCCUAUUUUAAAUAAUUAGAUACAAUCAUUAAACAAAUUAUAGUCGACAAUUAGCCAAAUAACAUUAAUCGAUGUCCUAUAAUUUGUCAAGGUAAACAUAUAUUAGAUCCAUUAGAUAUAAAUAGCCUGAUAAAGCCGAUUAGCUCUUUUUGAUCGUUCAAAUGAUUCAUGAUUCGAGGAUUUCUUUGAUUAUCGAUGGCCAUAUAAUAUUGUAGGAAGACUAAAAAUAUUACACAGGACUCGUGGUAACAAAAAAUGAAGUUGGCAAACGUAAAACACCUGUGACGAUUGUUAGUUCAAUGGAACGUGGAAGGGAUAACAUGGCUACCGCCUGGUGACGUUCGUUCGUCGUCGCCGUCGCUAUAUCAAAUGCUUCCAAAAACAGCUGGUAAACAUUUAUCGGUGUAAGUUUUCACGUGAAAAAACCCGUAUUAUAAUCAACGAGGAAUAUAAAGUACGAUGAUGAACAUGUGGAAAGUGCGAGAGUUAAUGGACAAGGCGACCAAUGUAGUUAUGAACUACACAGAAACGGAAGCUAAAGUUCGAGAGGCAACAAAUGAUGAUGCUUGGGGUCCAACAGGAGCAAUGAUGCAAGAACUGGCUCAAGCUACAUUCACAUACGAGCAAUUUCCUGAAGUAAUGUCCAUGUUGUGGAAAAGGAUGUUGCAAGAAAAUAAACGAAAUUGGCGUCGAACGUACAAGUCUUUGCUGUUGUUGAAUUAUCUAGUUCGUAAUGGAUCAGAACGAGUGGUCACAUCAUCUAGAGAACAUAUUUAUGAUCUUAGGUCUUUAGAAAAUUAUACUUGUAUUGAUGAAUUUGGAAAAGAUCAAGGGAUAAAUAUUAGGCACAAAGUCAGAGAAUUAAUUGAUUUCAUUCAGGAUGAUGAUAAAUUAAGAGAAGAGAGGAAAAAAGCUAAGAAAAAUAAAGACAAAUAUGUAGGUUUAUCAAGUGAAGCAAUGGGUGUAAGAUUUGGCGGAGGGGAUAGGUGGACAGAUAGAUUAAAAUGGGAUAAAACUAAUACAGAUACUUAUAAUGAUUGGGAUCGUGACAGUAGAGGAAAAGGUUUUGAGGAUACAAAUAAUAGUGAUGAUGGCGAGAGAGAAGAUUCCGAUAAUGAUGUUCAUCCCAGCCCAAAAAGAGGAGGAAGAGAAUACAGAGAUACAAUGGAUAAUAUAGAUCGCAUUAAUAAAACUGCUAUAACAUCUAUAACUUCAACAAAUGCUUCACCAGCAAGAGUAACAAGAACUAUUAAAAAAGUAGAUUUAGGGGCUGCAGCAAAUUAUGGAAGAGAACAAUCUAAUAAUGGUAUAUCUGGAUCAAAAAAUAAUUCUUUACCUAUUAAACAUAAGAACAAAAAUGAUAUUUUAAAUGAUAUUUUUGAUUCUCAAAAUGAGAACAAUUCCAAAUCGAUUGUUGUUGUUGAUAAUGAUGAUAAUGAUGAUGAUGAUGAUUUUAAUCCAAGAGCAAAUACUCAACCUAAUGUACAAAUUCAGAAUGCAAAUGCAGAUUUUGGAGAUUUUACUAGUGCGUUUGGCAGUCCUACAAUGAAAACGAAAGAUAGCAAUGAUGAAUUUGCAGAUUUUACAUCAGCUUUUACUUCUUCUGUUACAAUAUCUAAUUCACCAAUGCAGCCACAACUGCCACAGACACAAGUUAAUCUAGUAGGCACAACAAUACUAAAUGUUAAUUCAAUAACAGAUAAUGUAAAUAAUCCGAUGUUUAUCAAUGCCCAAUCAUUAAAUACGUCUUCUUUUACAACUAUGCCUCCUACAAAUACACUUUCUCAAAAUCCUAAUAUGAGUAGUAAUCUAUUUGAUACAUUACAACCACUUAGUGAUCAGCAAUCAUUGAACAAUAAUACAGAUCUUUUAUCAGAUUUAGAUAGCUUAAAUUCUUUGAGUACUGGAUCUAUGGAUAGGCGAAUAAACAAUACUAAUAAUACUAAUCUGUUUUUGAAUAUGAGUUCAACAUCUGCCACAACUAGCCAUGGAGCAACCAAGAUGGAAAAAAGCAUCACUUCAGCUGAAAAUCUUUCAAAAUAUGCUGCAAUUCGACUUUUGGAAGAAUUAUGUUCCAUGGGUCCUAUCAAAAGUUAUAAUAGCUUGGAAAAACUGAAAUCAUAUAUUUCUGAAUACGUUAAAUUUUUACCAGGUCCACUUAGUCCACAAAACUACUGCAAUCUUGAUUUUAAUUUAGAAAUUGAUUCUAUGUUACAUGGAAAAAUUUUAGAAGAAAUUAUCAAAAAAUUUGAUCAUAAUUGGCCAUUACAAAGAAAUACUUUAGAUCCAAUACUUCAACAAUUAAUGAUUAUUGAUGGUGCUACAUUACCAAUAUUAGCUGAAUCUUUAACUGUUUUAGUUUUUGCUUUGAAAGAAACAGAAAAUGAGAGAAAUAUUUUUACUAUUUCGAUAAUUUUGGAACAGUUAGUGAAAAGUGAUUCUUUGUUUUCUGUAAUAGUAAAUGCAUGCAAAUGUCAAUUUCAAAACGUAAUACAAGAAGAAGAAUUUAAUGAAACAUGGCAAAAAACAGUGCAAAUUUUAAUCUCGUUACCUAAUCGCGUAGCUAAUAAAUUAAAAGAUAAAAUAUUUGACUGUUUUCUUCCUCAAAGGUAUCUUAAAAUUAUCAGUUUCCAUCUUGCUCGUGCCAUAUCUUUUAUAAAUAUUGGAUUACAUUACGAUAUUAAAGUAGAACUAAAAUUGCUUUCAAUUUUAAUUAGUAAAUUAAUGAUCACUACAAAAUCAGAAAAUAUGUUAUCGUUUGUUAAUAUUUUAGCAGAGUGGUGUUUUGAAAAUAAAAAUAGUGAACGAAAUUUAAUUCAGAAUAUAUUAGAAAUCCUAGAUACACGAAGCAUAGAGCCACUAGCUGUAUUAUUUUUGAAACAUUGUGAUGUAAAUCUUGGAGUUUAUGAAAUUUUUGGUAAAGUGUUGUUAAAUUCAAAUUGGAAAUAUACAUUAACAACGAAAAUACCUUUAAUGUGUUAUUAUAAUGAUGAUAGUUUAGUAAUAAAUUUGAUCUCAUAUUUAGCACAAUUUUUAGAUGAAAAUCGUAUUUUGAUCGAAUUAUUCAUAAAACUUUUAGAUGUGUGGAGUAAUAAAAGUGCUUUAAAUCAUACCUCUGUAGAACAACACAAGUAUAUUACAAAAUUAAUUAUUAUUUGCGUAAGAAAAUCUAAAAAUUAUUUAAGCAGGAAUGAAAAAGAUACUAUUCAGAGAUUACUAUUCUCUGGUAUAUCUAUCCAUCUUGAAUCUACACAUGCUAUUUUAAGAGCAAUAGGAAUGUCUGUUGGUGAAAUUUUUAUUGAUGAAUUAUCUGAAUCAGAAUCUGUACCAAAGCUUUCUUUUGAAUAUAAUAUUAUGUCUAGUGAAGUAAUGGAUUUAGUACAAUCUUUAAAAAACUUAAGUUUAAAAACAAAUGUCUUAAAAGAAAAGAAAGAAGAUAUUAAAAGGGACGAACUAAUUUUUAAAGAUAUUGAAUUUAAUACAUUGGGUGACAAAAAAUUAUAUGAAUUAGGUGUUGAAUGUAAUCUUUUAUCCAAGAUAAAUGUAAAAGUAAAAGAUGAUAAUAAAGACGAACAAAACGUAGCUGUAGCAAAUUCAAAGGAAUCGACUAUGUUGGAUAAAGAAAUUUUAGAAGAUAAUGUAGACAAGAAUAACAUCAAAAGUGAUUCGGAAUUGGAUAGUGACGAUGAUUUAAUGUCAUAUGAUAUGUCUCACGAUACAAAAGUUAGUGAAAAACUACGACCAGCGUAUCUACGAGAUCUACGCGAUAAUUUAGUAAAUGAAAAAAAUUCUUCAGACCCAAAUAUUAUUUCAGAAUCUUUAGAAAUUUGUGAAAGAUUGAUAUUAUCACAAUUACCAGGUGAUGACAUAUCUUUUGCAAUUGAAUUACUAGAACUUCUUGUUACACUUAAAGAAUCCUGUUAUGUAGAAAAUUUUGAAGUAUUAACAUUUAAAGCUUGUGUAGCUAUAGUAACUGUCUAUCCCAAAGAAUGUGCUGAAUUUUUAUGCAGACAGUUUUACUUAGAAGUAGAUAAAUAUUCUGUAAGUCAACGAUUAUUUUUUCUUGAUAUAUUAGCAGAAUCAGCUAGAAGAUUAUCGACUAUUCCAAUUCAUGAAAAUAAGGAAGAUACAGUUAACGAACCUAAAACAAAACGAAGAACAAGAGAAACUUCAAAUAAAAUAUCGCUUCUUAUUAAUACUGAGAAAAGCCAACAAUAUAAGAUAUUAUACAGUGAUGAUUUUGAUGAAUUUGAAAAGUCCGAAGAUAAAAUAGAAAAUUGGCAGAAAAUUGUUGAUAAAAGAAUUGAAUUAAAUACAAGAAGAUACGCACAUAGCACAAAAAUACCUAAAACAUUUAAAAAUAAAUUUGGAAAUGUCGUGUCUUCGUUUUUUUAUCCAUUACUUUAUGGUUUUGGCAAACAAGAUACUUGUUUAAAUAGCGGAUUACAAAUUUUCACAGAUCAAGAAAAUAUUUUAUUAAUUCGGUUUUUGAAAACUUUAUCUACAAUAAUGAUAGCAGCACAGAAUUGUUUACUAGCUUCUAAAAUGGGAAAAGAAAUUUUAGAAUUAUCGUGGAUUUUGAGAUACCAUGAUGAAGCAAAAGUUAGGAUAGCAAUGAUAGAAAAUAUUGCAGCUGUAGUUAUUGCGAUACCAAAGCAUACUAUUAUAAAUGAACUAUUUGAAACUAUUAUGGAAAUAAGACUAUGGCUUUUAGAUUUAUCUCAGAAUGUAAUCAAUGGUGAUCAUGACAAAGAAUGUAGAAGUUUAGGUGCUAAAGUAGUGUCUCUAAUCGACUCUAUUAUAGGUUUAACAUUUAAUUAAUAAGAUUUAAAUUAUAUUUAUAAAAACAUUCUUUUAGAGAAUAUAAGAGUAUAAAAGUAUUCACAAAAUAUUUCGCACAUACUAAGUUUAUUUUU